CGCCCGAAUACGAAAAGGCAGCCAAUGUUUUGAAAGCCGAAAACAUUAAGAUUGCAUCCGUGGAUUGCACUACUGAAGCUGCUCUUUGCAGCGAGAAUGACAUUAAAGGUUAUCCUACUCUAAAGGUGUUCAAGGAGGGCAACGCCUCAGACUACAAUGGUGGCAGGAAAGCCGAUCUCAUUAUCAGUUACAUGAAGAAACAAGCUUUACCGGCUGUGUCCGAUGUCACUGUUGAAACGCUCGAUGCCUUCAAAGACUCUGAUAACAUUGUCAUCAUCGGUUUUUGGAAUUCUAAAAGUCAGAACGAGCAUGACACCUUUAAUAUAGUCGCAGAGAAAUUACGAAAUGAUUACCUCUUCGGACAAACCGCACAAGAUGAAGCUGCGGCCAAAGCCGAAGUCACUGCUCCUGCGGUAGUCCUCUAUAAGAAGUUUGAUGAGCUCAAGGAUGUGUUAGAAGGCACCUUCGACGAAGAAAAACUCGUCGAGUUUAUCAAGACGAAUUCUAUACCAUUGUUGGAUGAAAUCGGACCAGAAAACUAUGCAUCAUAUAUUGAUUCAGGUCUUCCACUUGCGUUCCUAUUUUACGAAAAUGAUGAACAACGUGCUACCUAUGGUAAAAUCAUCGAGCCGGUUGCGAAAGAAUACAAGGGUCAAAUAAACUUCGUCUACAUAAAUGCCUCUAAAUUUGGCGGACAUGCAGAUAAUAUUAAUUUAAAAAAACAAUGGCCGGCUUUUGGAAUUCAAAAACCCGAAGAAGGUUUAAAGUACCCAUUCGAUCAGACCAAGGAAAUCACUACUGAAGGUAUCGCGGAGUUCUUAUCCAAGUUCGUUAACGACGAAAUUGAACCUAGCAUCAAGUCUGAACCCAUUCCGGAAAAGAAUGAUGGACCUGUAUCUAUUGUGGUGGCUCACACAUUCGAGGAAAUUAUCUAUGAUAAGGCAAAGGAUGUCCUUGUCGAAUUCUACGCUCCAUGGUGUGGACAUUGCAAGAAGCUCUCCCCCAUUUGGGAUCAAUUAGGCGAAACUUAUUCCAAGGCCAAAGAUAAAAUAGUGAUCGCGAAAAUGAAUUGCAAUGAUAAUGACAUCCCAUCCAAUGCUACUUUCAAAGUUAGUGGCUUCCCUACGAUCAAGCUCUUUAAAGCCGGAGACAAGGAAAUUGUCGAUUACAAAGGUGAUCGCACACUUGAAAGUUUCAUCGAAUUCAUUGGUGAGAAUGCGGUCAACAAAGUCGAUAUUGAAUCUGAUACUCCGAAAGAAACAUCAUCAUCGCCGUCUUCUGCGGCACCGACAACCACCACUGCCGGUGAUUCCAAACACGAAGAAUUAUAA